GACCGGCACUAAGCGAGUUGGCCAACUCCCAUCUUUUAAAGCUUAGAGCUUGAGGCUAGGAUCGAUGUAAUUUUUCUCUUAAAACAAAGGCUAAAUCUUAAAUCACCUAUUGUAGACCGGCACUAAUAGUACCUCGUCGGUGCCUGUGUGUACACGAGCGUCGUUCUAUUUUUGUUCAACUUUUAGUAAAUAACAAAGAUAGAACGACGCUCGUGUGCAUACGGCUGAUAUUUCCGAACGCAGCCCUCGCCGGUGGUUCAGUGUAACGAGUGUUAAUGUUUUCGCUCCUAAUAAAGUAUUUACAAAGUUUAUACAGUGCGAUGAAAGAAGAAUUGGAUAUUGCAAUGCCGCUAAUGUCACCUCUUGUGAAGAAAAAUAAACGAGGCCAGCUGAUCGGCAGGAGUCAGAAACUCAUAAUUAUUAAUUUACACAAAAAAUUGAAGGAAGACAAUCCUAAAAUUUUAAAUAAAGAUGCUGUUACUCAUUUGGCAGAACAGACGGGUAUUGGUAUUACCAGCAUAAAAAAAACAUUGUUGGAGUAUAAGAACACAGGUGCGGUUACAUCUCCAAAUAAAAAGAAACAUCGCCUAUCUUUUAAAGAGAAAGUCGAUGAAUUUGACAAGAACGCUAUUCGGAAAAAAGUGCACGAAUUUUAUAUCAAUAAAGAAUUACCAACAUUCAACAAAAUUCUGCAAGCUGUAAAUGCUGACGAAGAUCUUCCAAAUUUUAAACGAUCGACUUUUCACUUACUGUUAAAGGAACUAAAUUUUACGUAUACCACCCAAUCUCGCAAUAGCAUCCUGAUAGAGAAAGAAGAUUUAAUUAUUUGGAGGAGAAACUACCUGAGGACUAUAAAGAGAUACCGAGAAGAGGGUCGACAAAUUUAUUACCUGGACGAGACUUGGGUUAACGCCGAUGACGUCAUGAAUACAGUUUGGAUAGAUGAAACAAUUAAAUCCGAGAAGAAUGCAUUUUUCCUGACUACGGGGCCAGCUAAUCCAAGCGAAAAAGGCAAACGACUAAUUGUUGUGCAUAUUGGCAGUGCUGCUGGUUUCAUUCCUGGCGGGCUUCUAUGUCUCGAAGCAAAGAAACAUACGGGGGAUUACCACGACGAAAUGAACAGCGAGACAUUUCACGAAUGGUUUAAAAAUAUUUUACCAAUGCUAGACGACAAUGCUGUUAUUGUCAUGGAUAAUGCUCCGUAUCAUUCCGUAAAACUGGAAAAACUGCCGAACAUUUCUUGGAAAAAGGCCGAAAUAAUAAAAUGGUUAGAAGAUAAAGGAAAAGAAGUAUCAGAGACUAUGGUAAAGGCCGAACUCAUGCAAAUUGUUGCAUUACAAAAAAAUAGGUUUGAUAAAUAUGUCAUAGAUGAAAUGGCAAAACAGGACAAUAAAACGAUUCUCAGAUUACCUCCGAAUCAUUGCGAACUUAAUCCGAUUGAAAUGGUAUGGUCAAUGGUUAAGACAUACGUUAGGAAUAAUAACAACACUUUUAAAAUUCAAGAUGUUAAACUAUUACUUGAACAAGGUGUUACUCAAGUGACAGCUGAACAUUGGAGUAAUUUUAUUAAGCACGUUAGAGAUGAAGAGAAAAAGAUGUGGGAAAUUGACCAUAUAGCUGAUAGCAUGAUUGACGGGAUACCUCCAUUAACAAUUAAUGUCACAGGCGAAACAGAUUCUGAAAUGUCUGAUAGCGAUUAUUAAUCCUGUAUAUAAUGUCGAUCUGUAUAUAAUAUUAUUAUAUUUGCGUUUCAUGACUUCUAUGUAACAUAUUAUUAUAAUUUUAUAUCAUCUUCGUAUAUUAUUAUUAUUUAUUUUAUAUUCAUAUUAUUACUUAUUUCAUACACAUAUUAUUAUUAUUUCGUUACAUAUUUAUUACUUAUUUCGUAUUUCAUAUUCUACUGACUCACCUCAGAAAAAAUAGACCUUAUUUCGCCUGUACAGGUCCGUCAAAAUAAAUAUAUAUUUGAUAUCAA